AUGGAAUUAAUUUCUGUUCGAGUCAAGAAAAAUAAAGUUCUACCUCGGCAUUACAUAAUCACAGCAGAGUUGGCCCCACCUCAGGAGAACCAAAAAAGAAGAAAAAAAGAAGAAAAGAAGAAGAAAACGAAGAAGAAAAGACGAAAAAAAGACGAAGAAGAUGAUGAUGAUGAUAGUGAAAGGAAGACAGAGAGACAGAGAAGACGAUGUCAAAGUAGAUUGCCAGAAGAAGGGAAGUCCAGAGGUGCAGCAGAUCGAGAGAGAGAGAUCGAGAGAGAGAGAGAGAAGGACAUGCGAGAGCUUGCCAAAAGGUUUCCUCGACCCAUGCUUUUUCUUCCUCACAUGCUUUUUCCUUCUUUUCUUCUUCUCCUUGAACGCUAA